UGACUCUUUUUAUUAAAUGAAAAAUGACAAUUUUUGAAGAAAAAAGUGUUUAUACUCACCAAAGUUCAUUAUAUAAAUAUGUAUUGUUUUGGUAUCAAGACAUCAGACCUAACUGUGUGAUAUUUUUUUGUAUUAACUGUCUCAAUUUUUCUUGUUAACAGAGUCUGAAACUAAAAAGAAGUCAAAAUGUCUGAGGGAAAGAAGAUGACAUCGAGCCGCAGGCAUCAUCUCAAGAGUUUGAUUCUGCAGAUCGCUGCCGGCUGGCUGGAGCAGGAAGCUGCCGACAUUGCGGCUGCUAAAGAAACUCACAUGGAAGAGAACUGCCCCGCCCCCGACCUGAGCGGAGACCAGGCGUCUCUGGUGGAAAUCUGCAAAAAGCUGCACCAGGCCCUUGACAAAAUCGAUGAGGACAGAUACGACGCUGCGGCCAAAGUGGAAAAGACAGACAAAGAGAUCGCAGAGCUGAAGCUGAAGGUGGUUGAGCUGGCUGGCGUGAAGAAACCCGCCCUGAAGAAGGUGCGUAUGUCUGCUGACGCCAUGCUGCAGGCUCUGCUGGGUGGAAAACACAAGGUGACCAUGGACCUGAGGGCCAACCUGAAGCAGGUCAAGAAGGAGGUCAAAGAGGAGGGUGCCGAGGCCGUCGGCGACUGGCGUAAGAACAUUGAGGACAAAGCUGACAGGAAGAAGAUGUUUGAGACUUCUUAAAGACUUUCAAAUCAAACUCUUUCACAGUUUCACAGCUCUUCCACCUGUUACAUCUUUCCUUUUUCAUGCAAUUGGAAACACUCGUGCCAUUAAAUUAUUUUUUGGAAUAAGGAAA